UAUAAUGUCAUUUUUCGCUUUAUUAAUAUUUUUGUUUUUAUCUCUGUCUACUCUCUCAUCUUGCUAUACUAUUUCUUUGUUUUUUAAAUUUUUCGAGAAGUUUUUCGAUUUUUUUCCGAAUUUUUCGGAGUUUUCUUUGAAAAUUUUGUUUGAUAUUUUUAUUUUAGCAUUUUAAAGCAAACAAAUUUUAAUAAAAUCAGCUAUCUAUUCAACAACAAAAUUAAAUAUAAUCAGCAAGCAAAGCAAAUUAACGCGUCUAACUAAAUAAUCGUUUAAUCACAAGGUUUAUUAUUUUUUAGCAGCAGCAAAAAAUAUUAAACUAACAACUAGACGAUAUUUUAUUUUUCUUCUCUUGUGUUUAAUAGUUCUGGUUUUUCACUUUGCCAGAGACAACUAUUCAAACAAACAACACAUUUAAUCUAUUUUAAAGAAUUUAUUUUGGCUAUUUUAUAUAGCAUCUAAAGCUUCUUAGUUUUUUGUUUCUUCUAUUUUAUUCAAUUUUAAUAAACGUGGCAUCAGCAAAGCUGAAGCUCGAAACUACAGAAGAAGAAGAAGAAUAUUUUUCUGAAUUGACUGGAAAGACUACUAAACAAAAGCACGAUAAAAUGCAAUCGAGAAUUGAAAUGAUCUGUGAGGAUGUGAAUCAAUUGUGUACUAAUUCGACGAUGUUGACCGCUCCAACUGCUCCAGAACCCAAAUUAACGCGAACAAUGAUAAUCUGUGAGGAUGUGAAUCGAAAUGAUAAAGAUGAUAAUAAUGAUGCGGAUAAUCCUCUGGCUGACCACAAUCUUUUACAAGAAGCGACACCACCAGAUGAUCAGGAGAUGUUAAAUAUGAAUGAGGAACACCACCAGUCUCUUUUCUGUGCACCUGCCUCCCCAGAACGAUCCCCGUCUGUUUUGGAACAAAAACCUCGAGUUUGGCGUCAACAGCUUGGAGUACCUCAACGAGGAUUUGGAUCAGGCAAUAGAGCAGAUUGGGAUUCAAGCAAUCGGCCAGUUCGUCUACCGCGACUUGUCCGUCGCGGAGUCGGCGGCCUCAAGUGGCGACAAACUUGUUGCGGAACAACAAACUCCACUACAACGUUUACUGGUCGACCGAAGUGUAUUUUUAAGUGCGACGCCUCCAAACCAAAGUCAUCUAUUUACCCCGAUAUGCCAUGCCUCAUGUGUUAUGAAAUGCGCGGAUAUUAUGGAUCAGGAGGAGGAGGAGGGGAUGAUGAAUAUUAUGGAGGAGGAGGAGAAUAUGGAAGGGAAUUUGAUGAGGUCUUUUUUUCUUGUUUCUCGAGUUUUUUCAAGCUUUUCUGCUCUCAACCACCUCGUCUCCUUCCAGCACCCGAAUGUGCCGACAUAUUCACCAGUCGUGGGUUCAUUGCUGCUCCUCAAAGUUUAAGAAGGCCAAGUCUAGAAAGUCAUCAAAAUUAUCAUCCUCAUCAAAGUUAUCAUCAAAAUUAUCAGCAUCAGCAGUUGGAGCAUGUUGCCACAACAUCAACAAGUGCCUCGGGCCAUGCCUCAAGUGGCGACUUCUUCAACUCUCACAAUUGUUAUUACAACAAUUACAACAACAACAACAGUUACAAUAAUGAGUGUUUUGAUGGUGAUGGUGGUGGAAAUUACUUUGAAAAUUGUUUUGAAAAUUGUUUUGAAAAUUAUUAUAAUCACAAUCAACAUUUAUCUUCUUCUUCGGAACAGUAUCAACAAAAUAUUAAUUCUUCUAAUUUUUUAAAUAAUUCUUUUAAUAAUUCUUUUAAUAAUAACCACAAUAAUCAACAACAACAACAACAAAAUUUUCCUUCAAAUAAUUAUUUAACGUCUUCCCCUCAACAAUAUUUGGCAUCAACAACUCCUUCAAAUCCUUCCUCUUCCUACUCUUCUCAAAAUAAUAAUAUAAAUAAUGAUUGGCAUUUUUGGAUUGAUGAUUUAAUUAAACAAGUACAAGAUGAAGUUGCUGCUGAAAAAAAGCUUUUUUGUAUGGAUAGACGUCCUUCUACUACUUUUAGUGAUAUUUCUGCUAAUGUUGGUUCUGUUCAGCAACAAAAUUUAUUUGAUGAUGAUGAAAAGGUGGUUAAUAAUAAUAAUAAUUGUGCUACUCGAUUUGAGGUUUUCUUAAAUUUUUUUAAGCUUUUCGGUCCCUUUCCUCUUCUCAUUCUACUAGAGCUGCGUCGAAACAGAAAAUCUUCGGAAAUCGAAAUUUCGACGUAGCUCUGCUUCCUGCUGUUAUGUCCUUUAUAAAAUUAGUUUAUGGUUGAUAUUCUUUCCUUCUUCUUUAGCCAUGACACUGGCCCCUUCUUUCACUAUACCUCUCACUAUUCCCAUCUUUCUGGCACGGGCCAACUAUUCCUUCAGGGAUAUGACUUGUUAUUUCUUUCCAAAUCACGGACUUGAACUUUUAUUAUUUUUCGAUUCAGCUUCCCAUUAU